UUUCUGAACUUGCUCUAGUGUUCGGUUCAGGAGAAGGUGGAGGAAAAAGUGUUCAUGACAGCGAAAAAAGUUUAAUAUUUUGAUCAAACAGUUGAAAAAUUUGUUUUACAGUAAUAUACAAGUUAUAUUUUGGUCUAUAAGACGAAUAUCGAUUAUGUCACUGGUGUAUUAAUAAAAUCCCCGUCGGUAGCUGGCUGCCAGCGCCGAGCGAGAAAGUGCUACGUGAAAGUUUACGCGAAACAGCGGAGAGCGGAGGAGUUUUUCCUGUUGGUGUAAAGUGCUUCGGAACUUGGCACUUUCACUGCGACUGCUGCUGUUAUUCGGUGGUUUCCCUUCUCCCGAAGGGUGCUCGGUCAUAAAUCGUCGCGAAUAUCGGAAGAAACAGCCAGACAGCGCACGGGAAACACAGAAAAACGGCACAGCAGAAAGUCGAGAAAAGUAGGACAAAACCAUUUUCACUAAUACCGUCCAUCAUCGCAUCAACUGCAGAAUAAUCGCUGAGCAAAAUGACAACCGUGCCAAAUCAGGAAGACCUGGAGGCAAGAAUUGCUAGGAUCAAAAAACGCAACGAGGAGAUUGAGAAGAAGCACCGAGAAGCCGAAGCAGAUCGUUUAAUGGCAAUGAAGGAGAACGCCAUGGUGGAGAUCAAACCUCCGAAGGAUGAUGAUUGGCCACGGGAGCAUAAAUAUGAUAAGAUUGAGUUCACGUACGAUCUGGAUGCAGAUGCACUGGCAGAACUCGAAGAGAAAAAGAAAGAGAAAAACGCAUUCAUUCAAAAAAUUGCCAAGGAUUAUAAAGUCUUUGCCGAAGGCGAAGGGCCACCGCCGGAUCCUGCGUACAGUUUUCUGGCAGAUGUCGAACGGGAUGGUGAAAAAAUUAUGCCUACGAAUAUUAACAUUAUCAAUAAAAGCAACAAGAAUAACUUUGAGCGAAAAAAUCCAAACAAUCGAAGUGGUCGCCUCUUAAGUGGCAGUGCCAUCGUCGGCAGCAGCAAUCGUGGACGAGGUGGAAUUGCAGUCGGUGGCGGAAAGUCGAAUUACAGUGGAAACUUGCAAAGAUCACUAUCGACUAAUGAGCACGAUGGCAGAUCCAGGCCGGAACAUAGUCGUUUCAAUAACACUAGGACAGGCGGAAUAGGAGUUGGUAGCGGCACCGGAGAAGGUCGCUGGCGUCGUGAUUGGGAGGGCGAUAGGAGCAAGGACGACAACUGUAUCCACAAUCAAAGCAAUGGGUUCAAGGGUGAGCCAAAUUUGACCGUAUCUAUUUCACAAGAUGGGGAAUUUAAAAGUGUGAAAGUGACAUCACCACCAAUUAUUGGCAGCGGUCGGGUUGGUCCACGUCAACCAGCGAAGCCACAGUUCCAAUUUCAAACGACUGGCAAUCAGCCAAUGGAUUAUCACUCUCAACAUGGCCAUCCCCAGCAGCAAAGUACUAAACCAUCAUCGCAUCAACGAAGUAACAAUGAAAACUUCAAUCGAAAUGUGACUGGGCGAAAAUCUGAUAAAGAAGCUAAACGGACACCUAGAACCGGUGGUCAACAAACGGCAGCAAAUAAACUGGCUGCAGGUGGAAGCGUCCAGGAUCGGUUGAAUCGCAAUCGGGUUGUAAACAUCGAUAGAAACGAAAACACCAUAAAGGUCAGCACGAAUGGGAGCAUUCAUUCGGUCGAAAAUGGUUCUCACUCCUUAAAAACAAACGCUACAUUAAAAACGAUUUCCAAGAUUAUCGAAAAGAAUGCUGAGAUCGAUGAAAAACUAGCCCGCCAAAUGCAUCACGAAAACGAAAAGAUGGCUAGUCGUAUGAAAGAGCUCCGUAUGCAAGAUGGAGCUUAGACAAACCUGGCACCGGGCGGGAUCGACUUUUGUUAGAUUAGUGCACAGCAGCCAAUUUAACACUGCGAGAUUCACUUCCCCUAUCCCUGCUAACACUAUUACUAGGUAAUGAAGUAUCUGCGGGGGAUUAUAUUGGUACACUCGGCAGCUUUUGAACCAUAAUGCAAACCCUAGAACAUGAUGAACAUCACAAUCUAACCAGUCUAGGCGAAGAACAUAACGCAAUUCAUAACUAUCGGCGUGCAGGCUAACGCAACAACCAGUUUUAUUCGAUUGAUACUGUCCUAUUUAUUAUUUAUAUACACACUUAACGUAUUUUAACCUAAAUCUUAUCGAAACGAAUUUGCUGCAUAUUUAAUUAUAUCAACUAAUUAUCAAGUAUGCAUGUUACAUUUUGUCAUUUAUUUUACCUACACGUUAUACGAUCGGAAGCAUUUAGACACCUACACCCAUUUAUCCCAUUGAGGCAAGUUCAAAAUUUGUUUCUUAUACAUUUCAUUUCACGUUUUUAUUAUUAGCAUGGCAAUAUAAAAAUGCGUAUUCGUAAAGUGUUAAAAUAUAUUGC